AUGUUUACGUUCCAUCCCAAUAACAGCACCAAGGAUCUAGCCUUCUUUGAUAUCAGGCUCAAGACUGGUGGUCACAAGAAUACCGUGUUAGUGAAAGGUAAUGAGUUCGAAGUGGACAGAAUCCCUAUAGACGGUCACGUCAAGAUCCUGACUCAGGAGGAUUUGCAUGUCAAAAACGUCAAACUCCUGUUAGUGUGCGAGUAUCACAUGGACUACUACGACCGAACUCCGUCUGGACAUAUAGGUGGGCAAGUGUUUGAAAAGGACUGUGCCUUGAAGGUGAUUUGGCCCAAUUUGCUCACCAGUGCUGACGGAGAAAUUGUUUUCGGUAAUUAUGGUGAAAACUUGAUUAAGUUGCACAAGCUUGACCACUACAUCAAGAAGCUGCUGAGGGACAAUCUGUCCAGCGACUUAAGGUCGCUUGGGUCACCAAAUGCGUCGCUGACCAACUUGUCUAGUGAUUCGAACUCCAGACUUCUGCUUCCAAAGAGACCUGGCUACCUGAGAACCAACUCGCUGUCUGCUCUUUCGAAGAACCAAGAAAAGUCCUUGUUUACUAUUCCAAAAUCGGGUGUGGAUGGAACUCCAUUCCCGUUGAUGGGUCCUAGUGACCACCACUCAUUUUUACUUCCUGAAGGAAACUACAGUAUGCCAUUUAGCGUAAAUUUGCCAACCAAUGUUCCAGAAUCCAUCGAGGGUUUAACUAAUGUGAAGGUGCUCUACAAGUUAGAAUGCAUUAUUGAAAGAGGACGAUUUGAGCGUUCCUUCCACACGGGAAAACAUUUCCGUAUUGUUAGAACAUUACAUCCAAGAAAUUUGAAUUUGGUGGAUUCCAUCGAGUUCAACAACACCUGGCCCGGGAAAGUGGAAUUCAAAGUCUCGAUCCCCAAGAAGGGCCUAGCUAUGGGAACAAGUGUUCCUAUUGAGCUUGUGAUGGUUCCUUUGGCCAAGGGCCUCUCGUUUAAGUCCAUGACUGCAGAGAUUGUUCAACAUCAUCAUAUGGUGGGAAUCACAGGGCGUUCCCCCGAGUUUGAGAAGGUGGGCGGCAGAGAACGGUUAAAAUGUGAUACAUCCGAAUGUGAUGAAGACCACUGGGUUGUUAAAGGCAUGUAUCACCUCCCUAGUUCAUUGAACCAGAUCACUCAGACUUGUACACUCAAGAAUGAUAUGGUGGACGUCAAACAUAGAAUUCGUGUGUCGAUCCACAUCAAAAAUGCCGAUGGUCAUGUUUCAGAACUUCGUGCCAAUCUUCCCGUCCACAUAUUUAUGAGUCCUUACCAUGGUAGAAUCACCACCAGACACUUAGAGGUGGACAGCCGUGGUAAUUUCACGUCUGAGCAAGCACCAGAUCGCGAGGAUGUGAUCUUCCAUCACUCCUAUGACAAUGAUUUUACUGAAUCACCCGAGGAUAGCUCUAGUGAAGCAGAAUAUGAUGCUGACAGAGAAACAGAUGGUGCUCCCCCGUUGUACCAACUGCAUAAGCAGGACACUUUGUAUGACUAUACCAGCCCACAGACACCAUUGGAGCAGCUUCGGAGUCAUGGAAUCGCUGUGGAGAGCUAUUUUGAUCUUCCUCAGGCUGGAUCGGGAGCCAGUACUCCUCCGCUCGAUUUGAACGUCUUGCUGAGGGUUCCAAGCUACGAGCAUGCCGUGGAAGAUGACUCCGAUGAUGAUGGAGAGGAGCUUGCACCUCUGUACCCACUGGGUUCAGACUCAGGAGUGAGUUCCCCUCUUAGUUUGAGUCCUUCACCAUAUCCUGGACUUGGAGAUAGAAGUGCCAGUAUGACGAACUUGCUCUUUCACAAGGACCGCCACUCGUCCCAAAAACAUGCUAGUCGCUUAAUGUUUCUUCGGAAAGAGCAUGCGCGUGCCUCUCUGAGAGGAUAG